AUGUCUGAACUUGUGAAUGAAAUUGAUCAAUCGUUUGUCCUUCUUGGCAAGGCAUCCGUGAACUUCGAUAAUAGAUAUGUCUCCAAGGUUUUCCGUGAAUUGGGACCGUUGAGACGCAAUUUAGUUAAAUCAGGCAAGCCCUUGGAAGUUUUAUCCACCGUAGUUAACAAGACAUAUCCAGAAUCACACCCGAACGUUGGUGCACUUAGACAAAUUGUCGGAGGCUCGUCAACCAUUGAAUCCGAUCUGAUGGAAAUCGACAACACUGAAACUUCCGACGCCGAGAUAUUACCAGAAAUUGAUCUUUACGUUCAUCUUUUGGUUCAAGUGGUAUUGCUUGAUCUUGGUGAAUUGGAAAAGUUGGAUUCUUUCAACAACACUAUCAUUGAUAUUCUACAAAACUACAACAAGAGAUCCUUGGACUUUAUCCAAGCAAAGAUAUGGUUUUACAUUGCCAGAACCAAAGAAUUGAUCGGGGAUUUCUUAACUAUCCGUCCUGCCUUAUUGAACGCCUUGAGAACUUCUACACUCAGACAUGACGAUGAGACUACUGGCUCUGUGAUAACUUUCUUAUUGAGAAACUAUUUAUUGACCCACGACAUCAAUCAAGCUUCAAACUUAGUUGAGAAGACUGUUUUCCCAGAGCACAGCGCUGGAAAUGCCAUAGUGGCAAGAUACUACUAUUACGUUGCAAAGAUCCACGCUAUCCAAUUGGACUACUCUCUGGCCCAUGAAUGUUGUAUUACUUCGAUUAGAAAGUGCCCACAGACACAAUUGGCUAGUGGUUUCAUCAAGAGCUCAUCUAAAUUGAAUAUUGUGAUUGAAUUGUUAAUGGGGGAUGUACCAGAAUUGAAAGUAUUCAAGAACAAUGCAAACGAUGCCACUGCAUCCAAUGAAGUUGCCUCAUCGUUCUUACCAUACUUUGAAGUCACCAGAGCAGUCAAGUUGGGAGACUUAAAGCUCUUCAGCGAAGUAUUGAAGAAGUAUGAAGACGUUUUCAAGAAGGAUGACUAUUAUACCUUGAUCUUAAGGUUGAGACAAAACGUCAUUAAGACUGGUAUUAGAAUCAUUUCCUUGUCAUAUGCUAAGAUAAGUUUGAAAGACAUCUGUAUAAAGUUACAUUUGGAUUCCGAAGAGCUGACUGAGUACAUUGUCAGUAAAGCCAUAAGAGAUGGAGUUAUAGAAGCAAGUAUAAAUCACGAACAUGGAUACAUGCAAAGUAAGGAGCUCCUUGAUAUCUAUUCCACCAAAUUGCCGCAACUGGAGUUUAAUCAAAGAAUCAAGUUUUGCUUGUCUUUGCGCAGUGAUAGUGUCAAGAGCAUGAGGUAUCCCCUGAUUAAUGACGGAAAGGGAGAUGUUAAGAAUGGAUUGGAAGGUAAGGACGACGAGUUUGACUUGUUGAAGGCCAUUGAAGAGGGUGAUUUGGAUGAUUUCAUUGAUUAA